AUGGUCACCACCACGGCCAUCAUCACCACCACCACCAUCAAUCUCCACGGACGAGCUACAGCAGCGCAAGAGAACGCACACUUCAGGAAGGAUCACCUGCGAGACUCAUCCAAGGGCAAGUGUGAUCCAGUAACAACAAGAAAAUCGUCAUCUGUGACGAGCCGAAGCAGCGCCUUCAAAAUGAGUAGCCAUCGCACUCUCUCAUUCCGCUCUGGAAAGUCCGGACGUGGACCGGCCCAAGGCACAACCGGCAAACCUGGCUUGUCCUUCAACUCCCUUCGUGGCAAUGUCCAGCCUGAGCUCUCCCGCAGGCUCUACAAGCUCAUCAAGUCCGAGAACAACCUGAUCAACGCCCAUGAGGCAGCCGGACGUGAGCGCAACAGUAUCGCCACCCAGCUCUCAGAAUGGGGUGAGCAGACGGGCGAUGAGGCGAUCAGCGACAUCUCGGAUAAGGUUGGAGUCAUAUUGAGCGAGAUGGGGGAGCAGGAAGACACGUAUGCGCAUGCGCUCGAUGAUUCACGAGGCGUGCUUAAAACCAUCCGCAACACGGAGAAGAGCGUGCAACCCAGUCGUGACAACAAGAGCAAGAUCGCCGACGAAAUCGCCAAGCUCAAGAUGAAGGAGCCGCAGAGUGCCAAGUUGGUGGUACUAGAGCAGGAGCUCGUCCGGGCUGAGGCUGAGAACCUCGUCGCUGAGGCACAAUUAACCAAUAUCACCCGCCAGAAGCUCAAGGAGGCCUACGAAUACGAGUUUGCCGCGACUAUCGAACGAGCAGAGAAGCAGAUCAUCCUGGCUAAGCACGGGCGACGCCUGUUGAGCUUGCUGGAUGACACCCCCGUUGUGCCAGGCGACACCCGCACCGAGUACGAGUAUGCCGGCGAGGCACGCCAGGUUCUGAACGAUGUGGAGGACGACCUAAGGGACUGGCGCCCGGAGUCACAAACACAACAGUACGAGGUCGCCACUGGUAGUUCUGCUGCUCCCCUUGAAGAGAAUUCGAAUCAGCCACGCAGGACGGAUGAGGGAGUAUCAGCAGGCCAAAGCGAAGCUGAGGGGGCAGUAGGCCAGCCCUCUGCUACCUACGCAGAGCUCAAGGCUGCUGAGGCUGGAGGCAUAGCUCAACCUGCUGACGAAAGCAACGCAACCACUGGUACCUCAGCUGGACAAGCUAUCUGA